GACAGACCCAGGAAGAGAGCGUCCCCACUUUGAACUGACAAUGCAUCGGGAAAAUUUAGGUCACAUGAAGGCAUCUGCGUGUCGCCAACCUGCCGAUGACCCUUCCCUGCAAUCAAUUCACAUGAAUGAUAAUAUUACUACAGUUACAUAACAGAUAUUGUCCUUGAAAAUCAAUCCCAAAGAAGGUGACAUUGGAUUCAUGGAGUCACUUGAAACUACUGCAGGGGUGAAAAGCUCCACAGAGGGUCAGGACAGAAAUGUUGCACAGAAAAAAUCCACAUCAGAGCCGACGGCUGUGCAGACUAAGAGAAGUCCGUCAGUCGAACUGGAGGGCAAGGGGUGGCACCGGCAACUGCAAGAAGGUCAGAGCAGAAACACAUGUGGUUUCAAAGAAAUGUCUGACUCAGGGAAAUCACAGCAAUUAGAAGAUCAGCACUCCCAAGCCCACGCCACAAGCCAUCAAGACUAUGAGUUGUCUUCAUAUCCACUACAGGGGGGGAAGCCGUUUCCCAUUGGCAGACGGAAAGCUGUAGGUCACUUGGUUUGUGCACAGUCCCCAGGCAGCUGUGGACCCACAUCUCACAGGAAGUCCCCCAGUUUACCCGAGGUCCUCCAACAGUGUUCCCAUUCAGGGAUGGAUCAGCUAUCAGAGACUGUGUGUAAGAUGGAACAGAAACCGCAAAAGCCUGGGAAGUAUGUUUGUGAUUAUUGUGGAAGGGCAUGUGCCAAACCCAGUGUGCUUAAGAAACAUAUUCGCUCCCACACUGGGGAACGGCCCUAUCCCUGCGUCCCCUGCGGAUUCUCCUUCAAAACCAAGAGUAAUUUAUACAAACACAGAAAAUCCCAUGCUCACUCGGUCAAAGCUGGAACAGUGCCAUUCUCAGAACUUGGUUCUUACAAUGCCAAUACAGACCAGGGGUCUUUUGAAGGGGAAGGAGAGCUAUACUCUGAUGCUGAGCAAAGCACAGACACAGACGAGGACACUCUCAAUGACCCGCUGCUGCUGUUGGACUCUCCAGUUGAGGGAUCAGAUAACACUGCUGUAAAAGUACUAAAUCUCAUUGCUCAGAAAAAGGGAGUCACAUCGAUGUCAGCUCAGGAUGGUUCACCCCAGCUCCAAGAAAUCAAUGCACCUCCUGCCAUUGCUCAGGCUAGCCGUGCAAUCCAAUCUUGCACCAUCAAACAGAGGCUUGCACUCCGGCUCUCCGAAAAAAGGAGCAGCGACUCUGACCAAAAUCUGUCCCUCCCCAGUCAGUCCAGCAAGGGCAGCACUGACUCCGGGUACUUCUCGCGCUCCGAGAGCACCGAGCACCAGACCGGUCCCCCCAACACAAACGCAAAGUCCUAUCAAGAAAUUAUGUUCGGGAAGUGCUACAGGCCAAGCCCUAAGCAAUCGACGGCUUUUGCGACCGGCAGCACAGACUCGAGCGAUUACACCGGGAAGCGCUCGGAGAAAGGCGUUUCCCGCGUGUUCACGCAGGAAAAAGACAUUGUUGAAUCGAUUAAAAUAAACACAAAGUCAUUCACGAGGGAGGAGGUGAAAGAGCCGCAGUUAGACAGCGGCUCUGAUGUGGGGCCCUUGAUCAGGAGCAACUCGAUGCCAACAUCCUCGGCAGUCUGUCUCACCAUGCCUCAAUCCCUCAGAGGCAGCCACUCUUUUGAUGAGAGGACAAGCACUGGGGGCAUGAGGAGACUCAGGAGGCAGGCUGCUUUCGAACUCUCUGCGCACGACGGCCACACAGAUACCGACAGCCACGGAAAGAUGACUGAGAGUGGCAUUUCACCCUCAGGUCUGGAAAUGGAAAAUUACCCCUCUGUGGCGUCUAAUAUGAGCCAUCAGAGACACGCUAUUGAACUGGCAACGCGGAAGCGCCGGAAAGAAAAGAGGGAAGAGGAGGAUUUACAAGGCCAAUAUGAGGCUCAUCAUGAACAGUGCGAUGAAAUGUUUGACUCAGCCAAGGACUAUGAUUCAAAACAAGUUAGCCAAGGUGCCCUGGGCAUUAUAGCGUUAGGGAAGGGGCAUUCUCCGAGUAUGCAAACACAGAUGGACAGGUGUGAGAUGGAGAUAUCAGUGAGCCCUGAAAUUUGUGGUAGGAAAACUUUAGGGAAUGUAAUUUCUGUCAUCCAACACACAAACUCAAUAAACAGGCCUCACUCCGAGCAGUCAGAGUCGUACAAGUAUCACGGGCAGAGACAGGAAAAUAUUUCUUCAUUUCAGUCUAUGGAGUCAACAGAAUCAUAUGAGAUGGAGAGAAGUGAUAGCAGGCUAGGCCAGUCGUUUCAAAUGGGCCCCAAACUAGUGCGGCAGCCCAACAUACAAGUCCCAGAAAUUAGAGUCACAGUCGAGCCUGACAGUCCAGAAAAAGCUCCGGAGGUGCAGGUGAAGGAGCCCGAGAAGCACGUGGAGGAAUUUCAGUGGCCGCAACGGAGCGAAACCUUAGCACAGUUCCCCCCGGAAAAGCUGCCUCCAAAGAAGAAAAGGCUACGUUUAGCUGACAUUGAGCACUCCUCUGGCGAAUCCAGUUUUGAGUCUGCCUGCACCAGUCUCUCCCGCAGUCCGAGCCAAGACAGCAACUUAUCUUAUAGCUCCACCUUCUCCUUUGACAGGGAGGAGAGCUUUAAGUCAGUCUCCCCAGCCAGGCAGGAUGAAUUUGGCAAACCACUAGAGCUCUUAGCUGUGCCGGGAAGCGGGCACUCCCUCUCUGUGCUCAACCAACGUCAACAACAUGAAAUGAGACGCUCCUCCUCGGAGCAGGCGCCUUGCAACUUGCGCAAGGAGUUCCCAGAGGUACGCAGCAUAUCAUUUGACUAUGGCAGUCUUUCUCCAACAUCCAAAGUUAGACACGCGGACAUCAGCACUGGCCACUCCGCUGUGAAGGAGAGAAGGAGGGGCAACUUGGUGCGGCAGGAGUCAUUGAAUAUGGACACUGAAUUAACACAAGUUACAUCCCAUAUGUUUCCGCAGUACCUCAGCAACACCCUUCCAUUCACAGCAAGUAUGGUGCUGCCACAUACUUUGCCAAUAUUUGCCACAGGAAACACAAGUCCUCAGUCACAUCCCAGCUUGUUAGUUCCUGUUAGGAUCCAGACUCAUGUGCCAUCCUAUGGUAGCAUUACAUACACUACAGUAUCACAGAUUUUUGACAAUCAGUAUGAUGGCGUUAGCUCCACUACGGCCACCUGUCAGAACCAGACGUCCUUUUUGUCCGGAAAUCUCGAUUCUCCUAACAUAUUAGGUUACACGAGAACACCUUCGACUCACACCCUCAGUGUUGAAGCCCUCGAUUUGUCGUCAGCUAAACUCAAGACAGGCAUCCCUCUGUCUCUGACCUCCAGGACUAUCUCAACCACGAACGCGUCGAGCGGCGGCGCGAACAAACGGAUGCUGUCCCCGGCCAGCAGCCUCGACCUGUUCAUGGAGGUCAAACAGCAGAAACGUGUGAAAGAGGAAAAAAUGUUUGGCCAGAUUGUGGAGGAGUUGAGCGCCGUGGAGUUGGGGAAAUGUAAUUUGGCCGAAGAGAAAGGUCACAGGUCAGAGAUGCAGGGUACAUCCGCACCUCAUGCUCAGGAUGACUCACACAGAGGCAAAUUUAUCACACUUCAGCAAAAAGCGGCAGAGACCGGCGACCACGGUGUGGAAUCAGCCAUGGAAAGCAGCUCUCUGGAAACCAGCUCCCCGCCGUACCCCAUGAUAUCAGUCAGCGAGGUGAAAGAAGUUGGCAUGGAGAAAAGGGCGCAGACGGAUAUGGUGGCACAGCUGGUUACCGGUCAAGACAUCCUGAUCUCAGACACCGAGCAUUCAAGACUGUUAUCUCAGUUUCCAAGUCUUCGCACGACGACAGGUGUGAGCUGGUGUUACCUCAACUACACCAAGCCAAGCAGCGCUCACAGCAACACGCCUUUCACCUCCGUGUACGCCACCUGGUGUGUGAGUCCCCACAACCCAAACCCCCCUGAUCUGAGCACCAGUGCCUCCCUGGCUCUCCUGCGGUCCAAACAGAGGGGAGACAAGGUUAUAUACACUGUGGCUGCCAUGUGUCAGCCUGGCACGGGGAAACUGGUUUCCUCCCUAAUCUUGUGGCGGCAGACAAUGGAGCAGCUGCAGAGGAAACCGGAGCUCAAAGAGGUGGACAUCACCUAUGGAAAGAAGGUGAAAGACAUCAGCUGCAGAGUGAAAACCGCCAAGGAGGAGUGGAAAGAGAGGGAGGCCUCCACAACCCAGACAGUGCCAACACGCAUUAAGAUCUUUGAGGGAGGGUACAAGUCCAACGAAGACUAUGUGUAUGUAAGAGGCCGAGGCCGGGGGAAAUACAUCUGUGAGGAGUGUGGCAUCCGCUGCAAGAAGCCGAGCAUGCUGAAAAAACACAUUCGGACCCAUACAGAUGUGAGACCGUACAUCUGCAGGGUCUGCAACUUUGCAUUUAAAACUAAAGGAAAUCUGACUAAGCAUAUGAAGUCAAAGGCUCAUAUGAAGAAAUGUCUUGAACUGGGUGUGUCAGUCACAAUGGAUGACACAGAGAUACAGGAACAUGAUGACAUCCAGCAAGAGUCCAAGACCGGGGUGGCAGGCACAACCAAACACCAGUUCUCUGACGCUGAGGACUCUGAUGGCAUGGACGAAGAUGUUGACGAAAUCGAUGAAGAGGACGACGACGACGAGGAGUACGAGGGCGACUCGACUCCGAAGCUGCGUUCGAGGAGCACGAGUCCUCAGCCGUGCGGAGUUACUUCUCUGUCGGUGACGGCCACGGCUGCCAUCCACGGCUGCUCCCUCACCUCUCUGCCCGGCGUCGAAGGCCGCCACCAGGCCUCCGGCAGGCGGACGGGCUCGGACAACAGAGCCGCCCUCUCCACGGAGCAGAGAGAGAAAUCGGUGGACGAAGACUCCCUGACGAUGCUGUCUCCAGACCAGGGCUGCUUCCUGUUUGACCCGUACUCUUCCUGUCUGCUCUCUCCUGGGUGGGAGUCUCCGAUCAGGGAGCCCUCUCCUUCACGGCUGCGUUACCCCUCCCCGAGGAGAGAACUCUCCCCGCGAGGUCGCUCCUCUCCGAGAUGGGAUACCUCGCCGCUGAGGCCCAGCUCCCCCAACUUCACACCCAUUCAGCACCUCUCACCCAUCUCCAUCGAAAGACCCCUGUCUCCUGGGACAGAGCUGGUUGGAAAGCGAGAGUCGUCGGUCAGAGGCAGGCAGCGGGUUGUGCUGAGGGCCGUCUCUCCACGCAGGGGCUCACACCAGCACAGAGGCACCGGCGAUAAAACCAGACACCAGGCGAAGGUCGAGCUGGCUCAACAACAAGGAGCCUUCGAAAUGGAACUGGAUCAAAGGAGCAGCUUGGCUUCCAGUCUGCCUAGUGCUGCCAGUUCUCAUCACCAGAACAUCCUCAGCCACCUCCCACUUCACUCCCAGCAGCAGGCCCAGAGUCUGCUCCCCAUGGUUCCUAUCGGAGGCAUCCAGAUGUUACGCUCCCUGCCCUCCUCCAGCACUGAUGUCACCCCCUCCUCGGCGCUGAGCCCCCAAAGCAGCGAGAGCCAGCGGUGCAGCAGCAGGGAGGGAUCUGUCCACGGAUCUGAGACGGGAGGAGAGGACUUCAGAGGCCAAACGCAGGACCAGCUGUCCUCCCAUCAGGCGGCUCAGGGCUCUCAGGAGAAAAGUCUCGACCCCGGCGUUAGGGACAGCAGACAGGAGGAGAAUGUCCAGACCUGCAUGAAAGCCAUCGCCUCGCUGAAGAUUACCACAGAGGACCCUCAUUAGACCCCUCCCUGUCUUUCUCUGAAGAGAUCCAGGGACGGACGUCUCCCAGAGUGCAGCCUUCACCUGCAACCUUGUCAUCCUCAGCCCUUCAGGCACAUAACCUCAUCCAUAUCCCAUUAAAGGCACUCUAAUAACACUCCCUCUGAUCUCGCACGUAACCCGGACAGCUCAUUUUAAAUCCGAGUGGAGCUCAAACCUUCACGGUGAAGAGGCAAAACUCGCCCUGUCCGAUGUGCUCUUCUAAUUCAGAGACUUUUUGAAAUGAUUGGAUGAGCAGCAGGAUGACUGCAGGGUGCAGAGCAAUGAAUCAUUAUUGGGUGCAGGUGCAAUAUGGAAAGAUAUUAUGCUAAUAUGCCUUUGUUUGAGAUAGUAGUUUGCGUACAAUUGCACAUAAAUUAUAUUUAUGAAUUCUGUACAAAUGUCCCUAACAUAUACUCCUUCUUAGAUGCAUACAAACAGUGUAUUUUACGUGUACUUUGAAAAUAGACUGUUGUUUAAUGUAAUCAUAUCGAGGUGUGAUGCAGUAGUGCAGUAAAUGAAGACUAUUUAUAAGGGGAAAAGUAUGUGUAAAAACAGUCUGACCAAAUUUUAAGUAGACGCUUCUUGUGCAGUUUGGUGCUUCUGAUCAAGCGGCAAGGGUCUGUGCCUUUAUUUUGCUUUUUAUCGUUGUGUUUCUCAAAAGCUCGUUGAACAAGGCGAAAUGUCGAGGUACUUUUUCUUCAGGCGCGGAGUGACGUCGGCGGGGAGUUUGCUCGGAGAAUAGCUUUUGAUUUGUUCAUUCGGUUUUUGCUGGUAGACGCAGCUUUAUUUAUGUAAAACAAUCUUAAAAUAUUUCUUAUGUUGCAUUUUUCUUAAUGUUGUGGUUUUUAUCUUGAUAAAAAUGCAUGGGAUUUGCUAUUGCACAAAAAUAGAGGAAGUUAAUAUGUAAUUAUGUAUACUGUAAGAUGUAUUUAUAUAUUAGAACGUAAGCACUUAUUGAUACUGGUAAAUAUUUGACUACUAUUUAUAUGGUAUAUCUGUACUUAUGCAGCAGUGAUGCAGUUAUGCAGUGAGCCACGCCGGCAUUGCUUUUGAUCUCAUGUCUUUGCUUUAUUAAACAGACAGCUUUUUUCUCUUAUACAGACGACCAUAAGCAUUUUAUGAGUUUUGACGAUGCACUUUCAUCCUUUCAUCUUUGAUAACAAGCUGACUAGGUCAGUCGCGGAGGAGUAAAACAUAUUAUGUUCUAUUGUGAGUUGAAACAUUCCAGUUGUUUUCAAGUUUCGAGUUUCUCAUGGUGUGAAACAUGUUGCACACAAAUUCAAGGGGCUAUGAUGAUCAGUCAAUAGUACGUUUUCCUGCAUUUCAAGUGUAACUGGAUAAAUCGUUAUCACUUUACUGUAAGUAAUACUAGAGUAUUGAUGUUAACAAGAGUGAGUUGGUCGACUAUUAACUGUGCUUCAGCUCAAAAUGUAAUUAAUUAUUCACCAAUUGCAUUAUUUCUUCUUCUCUGUAUAUAUACGUGUAUUUUUAUGAUUUAAACUAUUUUUGCAGUGUUGAAUUCUGAAAACUUUUUAUGUGGAUUGUUUAUAUCUCUGUAAGAGGUAAAAUGUCUGCAAUUGACAUAAUGGAGUAAUGGAGGUUUUAUGAAGGAGAAAAUGGCACAGUGUUGAUCGCUAACACCGUGUUUCUCAUCUUUAAGAAAAAAAAAAACAAAAACAAAACAACUACAACGACAAAAAAAAAGAAAGAAAAAAACAAAAAAAAAACAAAACGUGUAUUCACAUCUUCAAGUGGUUAUGUUACCAGUUUGAGAAUGGAUUUCAAAAUCAGAAAACACUUUGUUCACUCAUGUUUACAUAUAUAUAUAUAUAAAAGAAAUUUACAGGUGCACUGCUUUAAUUUUGUGUUUCCUUUACUAAGGAUGUAUGUAGCUAUGAUUUCAUGGUUAUGUAAUUUUAUUUGUUGUGAUAAUGGUGCAGAAUGCUCAUAAAAUGUGAAGGGAAAGUGAAGCCUUUUAUUUGCUUUUGCAUAUGUAUCCAGAUUGUGUUUGUGUUUUGUUUUUAUUGUGUAUCCAUAUUUACUGAACUGCAUUGUGCCUCUCAUGUCUAUGAAAUUCCCUGUAAACACACAGAGGACAAAUCAUUUACCUCUCAGCUAAGAUUUUGAGGAAAAGAAAGAAAAAAAAAAAAAAAAAAAAACCUCAGUAGCCAAUCCCUUGUUUAGCUAUUUGCAUCAAAACUGGAUAGUCAGGAUGGAGUGCCUCUUUUAUGCUAUGGGGAAUUUAUUGUUUGGUGCUCUACUUUUUAAGAUUAAAUUCAAAAUUGUUUUAAAAGAAUAUACUUCUAACCCAA